AUGGACAUCUCCAAGAGGAUCAAGGUCGAGCAGCAGGGUGCCUCAGGCUGCCCGGUACUGCCGGAGGAGAUCGUCCAAGACAUCCUCUCCCGCCUGCCGGCCAAAUCGCUGUGCCGGUUCCGGUGCGUGUCGCGGUCCUUUGAUGCGGUGAUCUCGUCGCACGCGUUCCAGGACGCCCACUACCAGCGGAACAGCGGCGGUCGCAGGCUAUUCAUCAGGCCGGCCGGGGUUCGCGAGCCCUUGUACGCUUGGCAUCCCGGCGGCGGCCCGGCUGAAACGAUCAUGAGCACCCGUCGCCUGCCGCAGGGCUCCAUCUUACCGGUCUCCAAGUCCUGCCGUGGCCUCAUCCUCCUCAAGAACACCCACCGCUACGCACACCAUGUCUGGAAUCCUUCCACCGGCGAGAUCUUGACUCUUCCCGACAGAAUACCUCUCAGGGCGCGCUGGAGCUGGCAGUUCGUGCCCUACGGCCUGUGCUACUGCUCGGACACCCGGCGACACAAGGUCGUGCGCAUCUACGAUGCUUACACUAGUAGUGGCGGUGAAUACUACGGGGGAGCUACACCUACUGCCACCGUCUGCGAGGUCUUCACGCUCAACGAGUCGGCGUACUGGAGGCCUGCUGCUGCACACAACCGCCCCCAUGCCAUCCCCGGGAAAACUGGCGGCAAGGCGGCGUCUUCUGCAACGGCAACCUCUACUUCCUCGGCCACUACGGUGGAAUCACCGUCUUCAACGUCAAAGAUGAGACUUUUGGCACGCUAA